UUGACCUAGUUAAGAUUGAAUUAGGUCAAAAUGGCGGACAUGGACUUGGAAGUGUGGAAGGGGGAUUGGGAUUUACCGUCUGUAGACACCAAUUGUUUGACUGUCUUGUUCAUAAAAGUCCAUCAUAUGCUGUACACAAGUAUAAUGCAUGUCUGCUGCAGGCACGAUAGCAUAAAUAUUCAAAUGCAGGUUGGCAGAAACAGCAGAAUGUUAUACACAUGUACAUUGUAUAUACCAAGGGGGUUGAAGUAUGUUCAGUUCAUUGAUAACCCUGAAGCAUACUGCAAGUUUUCUGGUGUCAGUAUUGAUAUUAAAGCCACAAACAACCCAAGGAAGUCACCAACUGGCUGUUUGCCGGUUCUCCGUCACAAUGGGAGUGCCUACACAAAAGUAACAGAUAUCUUCAGCUACCUGAGACGCAAGAACUGGGGGAUAGAUUUUGAACUGAAUUCUAAGCAAAGCGCUGAUAUAUUGGCAUUCACUUCUCUGUUGGAAACAAAACUUCUUCCUGCCAUACUUCAUUUGUGGUGGGGAAAUUCUCAGGUGUUUAUAGACAUCACAAGGCCCUGGUAUGGCAGCGCUGUGGGGUUCCCACAGAGUUUAUAUGUGCCUAACAGAAUGCAUAAAGCUGCCACAGAUAGAGUGGAGACAGAAUGUUAUCCACACCUAGAAAUGACUCCGCAAGAGAAGGAAAAUUUGAUUUACAAGGAAGCCCAAGAGUGCAUUACAUUACUUUCAAAGAGAUUGGGAAAUAAACCCUUCUUCUUUGGCAAGACCCCAUCAUCAUUAGAUGCCAUAGUUUUUGGUUAUCUGGCCCCAAUGUUGAAAGCCCCCUUACCAGUGAACCCCUUGUCCAAGCAUCUUGGCACCUGUUAUAACCUGUGUCAGCUUUGCAGCCGGAUACUGAGCAAAUACUUCCCACUAAGCAGAGAAGAACUAGAAGAGAAAAGAAAACGGGAGGAGGCUGAGAAAGCCCGGGCACAAGAGCUGGGUGACUUUCCUCACAGGACCAGGAACAUUGUUCUGGCUGUACUGUUUGCUCUUAGUUCCAUGGUGGCCUUUACCUUCUUCACUGGCAUGUUGGCUCUGGAGAUUGUUGAUGCUGAUGGCGGAGGAGAUAAUAUGUCAGAACCAAAAGGACAGGGUAAAAGGAAGAGUUAGGCAUUUUGACAUUUUAGGUAAACAUGGAAUGUGUGAUUUUGCUGAACAAAGUAGAAAGAAGUUAAUGCCAGAACAAAUGUAUGAUAUACUUGUAGAAAGUGCUAAGUUAAUGUAAACUGACUUUAAAGAUUAUUCUAAGUGAUUUAUAAUUAUUUUACAUGAAACUGAUGCUAAAAAAUUCAAGUUAAAAGUAAUACCACUUUAAUCUUAAGUGUAUUAUACAAGACUCUUGAUUUCACUGGUUCCAAAUUGCUUGAUGAGGUGUAUAUAAAUAGAUGCAUUUUCUAUCAGUGGCCAAUUAUCAGUACCUCAGAAGGGAAGGAUGAAACCACUGGAAUCCACUUACUUACUUAGGGUGAUGUGUACAUACAAGCUCUAGGCAUUUACUAACAUGUCUAAUACUUGUACUUAAAGGGGCUGUUCAUAGGGUUUGGGAGUAAAUAUAAAAUGUAUCUCACUGCUGUGGCUGACAGUUUACAAGAAAUAACUGACUUACACCCCAAUGAGUUCAUUACUUAUAAAAUUCCUCAGAGAUGUACGUGUGUCUUCAGAAGACCACCAUUUCUUCAAUGGGCAUCAGACAGAUGUAUGUUUACAUUCCUCCCCUUUGGCUCCUUAUUUAAAUGAAAUAUUUGGGCAGGGGUAGUGAUUUCUGAGCUUAAAAAGGAUGUACAUGUAACACUGCCCUCUGAUGUAAGGACAGGCCAGUUGAAAAUAAGAUUGGAAGAUUUGAUACAACCCAAUCCAGGGAACAGCCCCUUUAGUGUUGCUUAAUUUACAGCUGGCAGACUAUCUGCAGUGUAUCCUUCUACAGCUGGCCUCUGUGAACUGAACAGAGAUUCAUUUCAUUUUUCACAGUUCUCUCAGAGAUUUUGGCAGUGAUUGAAAGUAACACUGUGAAACCAUGUACAUGUUUGAUAGUUUUUGGCUUACAUUGUAGAUCCAGGUAUUAAUGAUAAGAACCUUGUAAGGAGAGAAUGAUCGUGUUGUGCAAGGAGUGCACUUUGUUUUCAAUAAAAUGCUUGUUAAAGAAAAACGUGUUUAUGAACUGAUGAUUUCAAAUGUGAGUUAUAUUUUUGUAUAUUGUCGAGCAUUUUCGUAAUUUCAGAAAUUGCUGAAGGAAAGUCACUGCCUUAAAAAGAUGUAGAACGCCCAAUUCGUUUCGAGGAUUGGAUGCGCUGGAAAGUGCAUACACAGUGUCAAGUCUUGCUUUCUAAAUAAAUUGAUUUUCUAUUACUGAUCGUGUUAGAACAAGGGGCGAAAAACCAAUGCGCUCCUCAUUAGUGCUUGUAAGCAUGCUUGGCUUGCUGAAGUGUUAGUGGUAGAUUACUUUUGCAUAACCUUCUAAGCACAAU